AUGGAUCUCGGGCCACAACCAGAAGAGCUUGCAAGUUUGACUCAAGUAGAAGAAAUGUUGAUUGCACGUGUCAACCCAAUAUUACAAGUUACACAUGCAACAGGUGGUCAAUACAAAUACAAAGGACACACAAUAAGUUUUCCACAAAAUGUGGAACAUAUUUCAAACAUUUUGCCACAUACAAUAGAUCAUUUGCCAAUCAUUAUUGUUCGAAGAAGGGACCAACGUGGCACAAAUUAUAACUUUACAGUGAAUAGGGAUCGUGUGUACAAAGCACUUAAAUACAAAAUUGAGCAUGAUAAAUAUUAUUCUGAUGUCAUAGUUAAUGAGAAUGCUCUCAAUGAUCUAUCUAGCAAUUUUGAUGAAAAUAUUUUCAACAGAUUGAAGACAGUGCAUAUGGAAUUUGAUUCUGAUGCAAAUGAAAUCAUAUUUGUGGGUCCAAUCAUGGAAAUAGAUGAAGGUAAUACAAUUGACCACACAAAUUCAAUGGCUUCUAAACUACCUAAUGCUCAAAAAGAAAUGGAAUUAAUACAUGCAUGGAUUAAUAAUCCUGAUACAAAUCAAACAGCAUUGAUCGAUUGGCCAGCAAUUGGUACAUCUCCUAUCAAUGAGUAUGUCACAUUGGGAUUACUUGAUAUGGCAUUUCCAACAUUGUUUCCUGAUGGUAGAUGUGAUUGGUUAGAGCCACGAAUGAGGCGAGUGCAUUUGCAUGAAUUUGUGAAACAUCUACUGCGGUAUAGAGAUCAUCGAUUUGGUCAACAUCCAAGAUUCAAAUAUUUUAUGAUGAACAUGAUUAUGAGACAUCGUGCACAAAAUUCAUCUGCAAUCUUUGUAAAACGAGGUUUUCAUGACAUGCCAAUCACUAUCAAUGAAUUGCGUCAGCAUAUGGAAAAUAUGCCACAAUCCCAUUUGGCAGAUAGGUUGAUGCGGUUUGGAACAUCAUUGAGGGGUACAAGGUCAUAUUGGGCCAAAUGUCAUGCAGAAUUAAUAGACAUGCUUCAUCAAAUAGGCUCCCCUACGAUAUUCUUCACAUUAAGUGCAGCAGAUAUGUAUUGGCCUGAUUUGCAUGCACUAAUGCCGGGAACAUCACCAACCACUCCACGAGAAGCUCAAAAUUGGAGAAAGCAGAAUGUUAUCAACUACCCCCAUAUAGUUGCACAUUACAUGCACUUAAGACAUUCAAUAUUUAGAAAAGAAAUCCUAGAAAAAGGAAUGAAUGUUGAAGAUUUUUGGUCUAGGUAUGAGUGGCAACAUAGGGGGUCACCACAUGUGCAUGGAUUCAUAUGGAUGAAUGGAGCACCCAAUAUGGACAAUAUUGACUGGUCAAAUGAAGAGCAACGAAAACAUGCAGAAAAAUACUUUCAUUCCAUUGUUCAUGCAUGGAAUCCUAGAGAAGAUCCACAUCAACGAAAUAUACAGAAUGACAUACAUUGUGUAGGGAGGGUGCAUGCCUGUGAAAAAAAAGAGGAAAGAUGGUAUAAUGCUCCUUGGCCUUUGAAUCUCAGUGGGUCCAAAUUAUAUGAAGAUAUAGAAACAGGUGAAAAAAAAUUUGAACCUGCAAGAAAUGAUGAUAGGGUGAAUUCACAUAAUCGUCACAUAUUGCAAUUAUGGAGAGCAAAUAUAGAUUGGCAACCUAUUCUUUCCAAACAUGCAGUAGUCAAAUAUAUUGCCAAGUAUGCAGCGAAAGCAGAGAAAAGCUCUGAAACAUAUCACCAGAUGUUGAUGUGCCUCUCCAACAUGGAAGACCCUAAUGAUUUAGCUGCUCGAGCAUAUAGAAGGCUUCUGACUGAAACAAUUAUUGAAAGGGACAUUGGUGCUCAAGAAACAUGUCACAUGUUGUUAGAACUUCCAUUAGUAGAGAGUAGCAGAAGAUUUGUUAAUCUAAAUGUCUCACGUGAGGUGUUCAAACUUGUAACUAUAAAUGAUGAAGAGAAUAAUGAAGAGCAGACAAAAUCUUUCAUUGAUGGAUAUAAAACAAGGCCUCUUUGUAUGGAAGGUGUCACAUUAAUUGAUGCAGCUAGAUCAUGGAUAUAUAAUCCUAAAAGAAAACGAGACAACAAAUGGGAACCAAGGGAAAGAGAAGCAAUUGUUAGAGUUUUUCCUAGGUUUGUAUCUCUUCCUCCACGUGAGUCAAAUAAAUGGAUUGACUUUUGUUUAUCAGAGUUAUUACUCUACAAACCAUUUCGUGACAUAGAAAGGGAUAUUGGUCAUGAUGAUGACUCUAUGAUAGCAAAUUGGGAGUCAUUUACCUACAAUCCUUGGCAUGUCGAACGAAUAACAAGUAUUGAAAAUGCAGAGGCUAAUACUGAUUCAGAAAUUGAAGAGAAUGAAGCUAUUCAGAGAAAUACCAUAGAGCAUGAAUGGGAAAUUAUAUCUAGGCUACAUCAUGGUCAAAAUAUACAAUUUUCAGAAAUAGAUAUGUUGGGGAGAAGAGACAUUGAUAGACAUACAAAUUGGUCUACUGAUUAUCAAGGUGAAGAGUACACAACUACAGCAAUCAGUUUCAUAACUAACAUGAAGGAUCAUGGAUGUCUUAUAUAUGAUGAUAUACCCCAAUGCAUCAACUACAUGACCCUCAGUGAUAAGCAAAAAAAGGCAGUUGAUAUAAUUAUGACACACUAUCAGAGGAGUCAAAAUAAAGUGCCAUUGUUCAUGAUAAUUCAGGGAACAGCAGGUACAGGAAAGUCAUAUUUAACUGGUGCCAUCAGUCAAGCUCUUGAAAAUGCUGCAAUGCCAUCUCGUUCUCCCCUUCUAUUACUCGCACCAACAGGAGUUGCAGCGUUCAAUAUAGGGGCCUCUACAGUUCAUUCCAAAUUGAGAAUCCCAAUACGAGAUUUCACUCAACUACAGGGAACAAGACUUGCCAUUUUUCAAGAAGAAAUGGCGCAUAUCAAGUACAUUUUGAUUGAUGAAAUGAGCUUCAUUGGUCAAAACAUGUUGGAAAACAUAGAUUCUCGACUCCGACAAGCAUACCCACAAAGUGCACACCUAAGUUUUGCAGGUAUAUCUAUGAUUUUGGUAGGAGAUUUGGGUCAAUUGCCUCUGGUUAAUGAUAGACCUGCAUAUGCCAGUAAUAGACGGGCAAAGCUACUAUGGGAGGAAUUCAAAAUUGUGGUUACUUUAGAUAAAAUAUUCAGACAAGAUGGAGAAAAUAUUCAGCAACAAAGAUUUCGUCAACUUUUGACAAAUCUAAGAGAUGCAAACCCUCAAAUUGAUGAUUGGAAGCUACUAAUGAUGAGAACCCCUACUAACAUAGAUGCUGCAAGUAAUUCUGAAUUUGAAAAUACUGUCCAUUUGUUCUCCACAAAUGACAAUGUUCAUAGUCAUAAUAAAAAAAUGUUAUAUUCAUUGAGGCAUCCCGUUGCACGAAGUGUUGCAACAAAAGCAGGAAGUGUUAAUAUAGCAGAAGAUUUCUCAACUGGUGAACUUGAUCUAGAGUUAUUGAUCAGUAAGAAUUCAAGGGUCAUGCUAACUUCAAACCUUUGGAUACAAGCAGGUCUUGUAAAUGGAGCUUUGGGAUAUGUUCAAAAGAUUGUCUACAAGCCAGGAAGUGCUCCACCUGACCCACCGACAUAUGUGAUGGUUGAAUUUGAUAAUUACUCAGGAUUACCAUUUGAAGAUCAUCAUCCAAAUACAAUUCCAAUAACACCAAUACAAAAGGGCAGAACACUUCAGCUACCAUUGAGAUUGGCAUGGGCAUUGACUAUACAUAAAUCUCAAGGAUUGACUCUUCCAAAAGUAACUAUCGAUAUAGGACCAAGAGAAAGAACUGGAUUGACAUUUGUUGCAGUAUCUCGUGUAAAAUCUCUAGAGGGUUUGAGAAUAAUGCCACCAUUUACAUAUGAUCGUUAUGAGAAAAUGAAAAAGGGUAGACAACUUGUGAAGCGCAAGGCUGAGGAAAAUAGGCUCAAACUUUUGGAAGAUAAUUGA